AUGCAGGAGCACAUCCGGUCCGAAGAGGAACGUGGCGUCGAAGACCCAGCGAAGGACAUCAAGAACGAGUUUCGAGCUCAGUUCACGGCGCUCGCCGAUGCUGGCGCGUACACGUUCAUGAAGAUAUCUUACGUCAAUGAGAACCAAGAGGGUUGUCAAGCCGACAUGCUUCUCUUCGGUCACUACUACUUGGAGACAGGUACACCGACAUGGGUACAUACAGACGGCCAUGUGGUACGUUACUAUCGUGGCAUGUCCUAUGAAAUAUGCGAGGUUGUGCCAGAAGCCCGCAAGUCCCGUAUCUAUCCCGCCAUUCCUUUCAGUCUCAUGGGCGUCACUCAAAGUGGGAGCAAGAAAAACGGAAUGACCCCUACCCGACAGUACGAGCGUUUGGUGUUCGAAACCGUCAUUCGCUCGGUCUUCCUGCUGACAGGUCGGCUUGCGUCGGUACCAAGCCCACAGGACACGAACACGCUCGCGAAUCUCAAGUUUGCAUGCCUAAAUCUGGAGGAGAAUAGAAAGUCCGAGAAAGGCCGUAAGAUCUCACUUCAGCAACAGGGUUGGGCCACCGGAACUCCAGAUGCAAGCCAAGAAGAACAACGCGACCCUGAUGAGGCUUCAACGAAGACUCUCCGAUAUAUGGCGCCCCGAGAGACUACAGCUUACCUCGUAUCUACCAAACGCGCACAUACGGACAUCGAUAGCAUGCCGAAACCUGGACACAACGCUAAGCGCGUAUCUCUGCUUAACCAUCUUACCAACUACGAAGCCGAGGUUGACGCAGAACUCCUGGUCAAAGGCGAAGAGAACCGAUAUCUGCAAAUGAAGCUCGCAAAGGAACAACGUGCCUGUCGAAACGCGGAAGAGCAAUGGGAAGUAUUGAGCCAGAGGCAUGACAUCGAGAAGGAGAGUGCGGCACGUUGGAAGGAGAAGUAUCUGGGGAUCAAGGCCAAGUACGCGAAGUUGAAGAAGAGACAUGGGAGGUGCAAAGACAGGAUCCGCGUGAAGAAGGAGGAGGGGGAAAAAUCGCGGGACUCGAAACUCAAGUACCAAGAAUACACGCGCCACAUGCAGAUUGUGCGGAAAGACGAGGAUGACGAGGUCUGA